UCCGCGAGCUGCCAAAUCCAAAGCCUUUUCUUUUUGCGUGUCGGAAAAGAAAAACAACAUGGCAGACUUUGCUGUCCAAUCCCACGGAAGAAGCGGCGGCAUUGUGAUUAACGAUGACUGGCCAGGCUACAGUUUAGACCUCUUCAGCUCUCCGGCGCACUACUGCGGAGAUUUAGACUGCGUCUUCAUUCCGCACGGCGUGAUCAUUGACAGGACCGAACGUCUGGCUCGAAACAUCAUGGACGACCUGGGGGACCACGACAUCGUGGUGCUAUGUGUGCUGAAAGGAGGCUACCAGUUCUGUGUCGACCUGGUGGACAGGAUCAAGGCCCUCAGCCGCAACUCCAACCGCACCAUCCCCAUGAGGGUCCACUUCAUCCGGCUCAAGAGCUACCUGAAUGACCAGUCCACAGAGGAUCUUCACAUACUCGGAGCAGAGGAUUUGUCUUUUUUAGCAGGAAAGAACGUACUGAUUGUGGAGGCCAUUGUAGGCACCGGAAAGACAAUGGAGACUCUCCUGAAGCAUGUUGAAGCCUUCAGGCCCAAAAUGAUCAAAGUAGCAGGAUUGCUGGUGAAGAGAGUGCCACAUAACGCAGCAUGUCUUCCUGACUAUGUCGGCUUUGAGAUACCCGAUCGGUUUGUGGUUGGAUAUGCCUUAGACUACAAUGAGUACUUUAGAGACUUAAAUCACAUCUGUGUGAUCAGCGAAAGUGGGAAGAUGAAGUACAAGAUUUGAAAAGAGGACUGCAAAAGGAGGCGGAUGUCGUCUUAACAGGAAGCCUGAACAUUUUUAUCCCUGAGCUGCCACUCACACACAGCUGCUAUCGUGACACUUGAUCUCAAGCAUGCCCCGCUUUGUUAUAACAUUCCUUCCAUGAACCGUUAUUAACGACGGACACCGUCAUUUAACUGGUCAUUUUAUAAAAGCAAGUACAUGCUUCACCGUCGUUUUAGAGUUGCAACUUCAUUCUUCAUGUUUGCAGAAGCUAUUCAUAUGUAAGAUGUUUAGUUAGUUUGACUCUAACACAAAUAUAUUUUACUUCUUGUAUGCAAUGUAAAGGACGUGAUAAUCACGACCUUUUAUGAACGUGAUCAAUAUUUGUUUAGUGUGUGAUGAAGUAACAUAGGAAACAUACUGUAGCUUCUUUUUAAAUGAAAGGGAGUUGUUUUAUUAGAAAAUCUGUGAUAGAAUUUUACAUUUUCUUCACCUGUACCUGUACGGUGUUUCAUUAGGUAGUUAUCUUUGAUGCUACUGUACAAACAAAGUAGUUUAUAAACUGUGUACUAACUACCUAUUUUUGUUCAUUCUGUAUUUGAGGUGUAGUGGGAUACUUUUGUCAUUUCUGUGUUUCCUUUCAUAAUUUAACAUACCAGUAUAGUAUUUUUUUUAGCAAUUCUGUGUUAUCUAUCACUGCAUUCUCUUCACACUGUUUUGUUGACUUACAAAAUGUAUUUUCCAAUGUUGAUAAAACUUGUUUGAAGUGGCGUCUUGGUCAGAAUAACCUUGUGUAUCUCACAUGUUUUUCUUAGGCUGAUGGGAGGGCUUUGAGUCAUUGAAACAUCAUGUUGAAUGCUGUGUUGAAAUCAGGUUUUUUUUAUACA